ACUCCCCACGCCGUGAUGCCAGCAUUGAACAAAUUCAUCAAUAACAAGCGCUUGCACCACAAGUUGAUGGACAAGAACUUGGCCGCCAACUUGAUCCGUCAUGAGUACAUUGUGACCGGAUCCACCAAGGCCAAACGUGCCCAAGCUAAGGUUGAACAAUUUCUUGCCAAGGCCCUUUACACUGAGAAGAACAACACUUCUGGAGAAUCCACAGCACAACGUGUAGCCGCAAACCACAGAUUCAACUUCCUCCAACGUGCAGACAGAUUGGAAAUAGGAUCCAAGGUGAUAGAACAGCUCACAAAGCGUUAUCCAGAGAGAGCUCAUGGUUUCACUAGAAUCAUCAAGUUGGAACCAAGAUUGGGUGAAGACAAGGCACCUAUGUCCGUGUUGGAGCUUGUAGACUCCGAGUACGAAGUUUUCUUUUGGUUCACUGCCAAAGUAGUGGCCCGUUUGGAACUUCAAGGGUUAGCUCUCGAUGAGUUGACUCAACAUAACGUCAACAAGCUUACCAAGUUCCGUCAAGAUGGUGAAAACAAGUUCAGAGCAGCUGUUGAAGAGGCCAAGGUUGCCUUCUUCAAAGUCAACCCAGAAACUGGAGCUGUAGAAAGUGAAGAAAUCAAGGAAAACCUCAAGAACUUACCUAGAGAACAAAGUUACCAAAAUGGAUCAUUGUUGAUGUCUAAGAAGUUCAAGACCAUGCCAAGACCAGCACAAAAGGAAAUCAAGGAGCUUCCAAAGAGUCCAUUUUUGAAGGAUUAGGGA